AUGGAUCAGGCGAAGCUGGCUAAGCUGCAGCAGAGCGUGCGGAUCGCUGUGGAGGGGGGAGGGAAUCCCAGCGGUGGUAUUUAUUUAGCGGGUUGUUCAGGAUGUCCUGACAGAGGCAAGGGUACUCCCCGCCGUAAGACCAAGAGGGUCCACAAGACGUCCACCACCGACGACAAGAAGCUCCAGACGACGCUCAAGAAGAUGAACGUGCAGCCGAUCCAGGCGAUCGAGGAGGUGAACAUGUUCAAGGAGGACGGCAACGUUAUUCACUUUUCUGCUCCGAAGGUCCACGCCUCCGUCCCCUCCAACACCUUCGCCAUCUACGGCAACGGCGAGGAGAAGGAGCUGACCGAGCUCGUCCCGGGCAUCCUGAACCAGCUGGGUCCGGACAGCCUGGCGUCGCUGCGCAAGCUGGCCGAGAGCUACCAGAACAUGCAGAAGAAGGAAGGCGGCGAGGGUAAGAAGGAGGGCGAGGACGAAGACGAGGAUGACAUCCCGGACCUGGUCGAGGGCGAGAACUUUGAGAGCAAGGUGGAGUAA